AUGAUGAAGAAAACACUAAUCUAUAGCUUUGUGGCUCGAGGAAUGGUAAUCCUUGCAGACUACACAGAAUUCACUGGGAAUUUCAUUAGCAUCGCGUCUCAAUGCCUUCAUAAGCUUCCUUCCAAAGACAACAAGUUCACCUAUAACUGCGAUGGCCACACCUUCAAUUACCUUGUUGAAGAUGGAUAUGGUAAGGUUUAUUGCAUAUAUUUUUUGGGCACAUAUUGCAUUGUUGCAGUUGAGUCAGUUGGCACACAACUCCCUGUUGCUUUUCUAGAGAGAGUUAGGGAUGAUUUUAACAGAAGAUACAGUGAAGGAAAAGCCACUAAUGCUGCAGCCAACAGUCUUGACAGGGAGUUUGGACCCAGAUUGAAAGAGCACAUGCAGUACUGCAUGGACCACUGUGAAGAGAUCAGCAAGCUUGAAAAAGUGAAGGCACAGGUCUCACAAGUUCAGGGAGUCAUGAGGGAAAAUAUCGAGAAGGUUCUUGAUCGUAAGGAUAAAAUCGAUCCCCUUGUCGACAAAACAGACAAGCUUCGGUCGCAGGCACAAGAAUUCAAGGGACAAGGGGGACAGAUUAGGAGGAAGAUGUGGUGGCAAAAUAUGAAGAUAAAAAUGAUUGUAAUAGGCAUUAUCAUUGCGCUGAUCCUAAUUAUAGUAUUAUCGGUUUGUCAUGGCUUCAAAUGCUAG